AUGGCUGAGGCUUUGAGCCACCACACCCACUCGGGGAAGGGCCUGAUUCGACGGCUGUCCAACCGGGCGACCAAGUUCGCCAGUAGAACGCGGCGGCAGUCGGCCGCCGCGCCCAUGAGCCGGGAGGGAAGCGUGGGACCCGGCAUUCUACGGCGUAGAAGCGAUAGCACCAACACCGCACCUGCUGAUGCCGUCCUAUUGACGGAUUCUGACGACGAGUCCCACGAGGACGCAAACGAGCUCAACUCCAUCUUCGGCGCGGAGAGCAUGACGCGGGACUUCUCGUCCGGGAGCGCUGCGCCGUCGGUAGCAGGGUCGGCCUCUUUUGCCGACGUCCCCACCGGACCGGUCGUGCCCAUGGCCCUAGUCAAGGGGACCUAUCUCGUCAAGGUAUCCAAGAAGAAGAAGGCGAAGCGCCUGCUCUUCAUCUUGGAGGCGGAUGCCGGCAAGAUCAUCUGGGAGAAGGGCCGAUCUACCAAGUGCAUAUACAUCGACGAUAUCAAGGAAGUGAGGAUAGGCUCCGACAUCCGACAAUAUCGCAUCGAUUACGGGAUUGCCGAGUCUGAGGAAGACCGCUUCUUCACCAUCUUCUACGCCGUGCCCGACAGGUCUAGGAGCAAGACGAUGCACCUGAUCGCCGACGACGAAGAGACGUUCGCGCAUUGGGUCAAUGCCCUAGACUUGAUCUCGAAGCAUCGAGAAGUCCACAUGGCCUCGCUGAUGGCCUUCAACGACAGUGCCAUCCGCGGGUAUUGGGGCGGCGAGAUGACGAAGCAGUUCGAGAAUAGACUGCACUCGCCCGACGAGGAGGAGAUGGACUUCCCCGGGGUUGAGCGAGUCUGUAGGAAUCUCCAUAUCCACAUGGCCCAGAGGGAACUCCGGGCCAAGUUCACCAUCGCAGACGCCACCAGGACGGGCCGGCUGAACUUCAACGAGUUCCAGGUGUUCGUCCGCGAGAUGAAGCGGAGGGAAGACGUCCGGCUGCUGUAUCUCAGGCUAGCAGCCGAUUCCGACCGGGGCAUUACCCUGCCCGAAUUCCUGCGAUUCCUGCGCGACGAGCAGGGGGAAGAUGUCGACAGAAACCUCGGCAUCUGGGAGGCCCGAUUCGUUCGCUAUGCCUACAAGGGCGGCAAGCCCAGGACCGAGUCUCAACGUCCCGAUAAGGAUCUGAUUACGAUGAGCGAGCAGGCACUCGUAACAUACCUAACCUCGAAAGACAACUUCCCCCUCGCGCGUGCACAGCCCGAGUACACGCUCGACCGGCCCUUCAACGAGUAUUUCAUAUCUAGCUCACACAACACCUACCUAGUCGGCCGGCAGAUCGCGGAUGUUGCUUCCAUCGAGGGUUAUAUCUCGACCCUGGCUCGAGGGUGCCGUAGCGUCGAGAUCGACUGUUGGGAUGGCUCCGACGGUCAGCCGGUAGUCAAGCACGGAUACGCCAUGACGAACACCAUCUCGUUCCGCGAGGUGAUCAACACCGUAAAUAAGUACGCCUUUGUCGCGAGCCGAUUCCCGCUUUGGGUCUCGCUCGAGGUUCACUGCAACGCAUCGCAGCAGGAAGCCAUGGCGGACAUCAUGAAGGAUAUAUUCGGGUCCCGCCUCGUCACCGAGCCGUUAGAUCCCUCUUCGACGAAGCUGCCGUCGCCUUCGGAGCUGAAAGAUCGGAUCCUAGUCAAGGUUAAGGGGACGCACGAGAACCCCGAGCAGCGACGCAAUGGCGGCGGAGAGCCUACGAUAGGCCGGCGGCGCGGGAACAGCCUGACGUCUCCCUUGUCGAGCCCGUUGCUGAGCCCGGUAAACCCGCCUCCCCGGCGCAUGCCGGCCAAGCGGGUAGACACCAUCACCGAAGGCGAGGUGCACGACACGGUGAGCAGCAGCACGAGCGAAUGCGAUAGCGAGGAGGAGAAGAAGGGAAAGCGGAAGACGAGCAAGAUCGUCAGGAAACUGGGCGAACUCGGUGUCUACUGCACCGGCGUGAAGUUCCACGGCUUCGAGUCGGCGGAGUGCAAGAAGAGCAAUCAUAUCUUGUCCUUUAUGGAGGGCACCUUUCGGAAGCACUCCAAAGCCUCGGAUUCGAAGCUGGCCCUGGCUCGGCACAACAUGCGCUACAUGAUGCGUGUCUACCCGCAGUACUCGCGUCUCUCUUCCGAUAACUUCAACCCCCUCAUGUAUUGGCGGAGGGGCGUGCAGAUGGCAGCGCUCAACUGGCAGACCUUCGACCUCGGCAUGCAACUGAAUCAAGCCAUGUUCGACGGCGGCACCGACAAAUCCGGAUACGUCCUGAAGCCGGAAUCGAUGCGCGAGAUACGGAUCUUACCCGGCGGACUGCCUGCGGAAGCCGUCGGGAAGUUGGAGCGCCAGAACAUGUCCUUCAACCUCAACGUCAUCUCGGCCCAGCAGCUCAUCCGCCCGUCCAGCCUCUCGGCGAGCCGCACAUUCGACCCGUACGUCGAGAUCGAGGUGUUCCACACCAACGACAAGCGGGACAAGCACGAUAGCAUGGCCGGUAUCCCCGUCCUCACGGAUACGCCCCUCAAGUCCUCGACCGGAGUCGUAAAGGGGAACGGGUUCAAUCCCGUAUUCAACCACAACGCUCAUUUCAACGUGACGACCAAGCACCCCGAGCUUGUCUUCGUCAAGUUCAGCGUGAAGCUUUCCGCCGACGGCGAGAACUCGUCAGGCCGCAAUCCUACCAUCGCGACCUACAUGGUCAAGCUCGGCAGCCUCAAACAAGGCUACCGGACUCUGCCCCUGCUCGAUUCUAACGGCGACCAGUAUCUCUUCUCGACCCUCUUCUGCCACAUAAAGGUCGACCCCACCACCAGCGUCUACCUCCCAAAAGCGUCGGAGAACGGCAGCGGCGAGGCUGGCGUGUCCAAGCUGAAGCACAUAAGCCGCAACGUAUUCGCCCGGUCCUCGGCCAACAGCGCCAAGUCGAGCUUCGAGAAGUCUAGCAUCGACGGCGGCCAUUCCGACGCCUCGCAGCACCCCGCUGUUUGA